AUGGAAAAGAACCAAGUUGCAGUAGUCACCACUUCACCAGCAGCUCAAGAAGGAGUAAAUACAGAGGAAGGAGGUGACUGGAAACAGGCCAACUAUGUUGGAAACUCACCCAGGCAAUCCCAUGAUCCAUACUCCAAAACCUACAAGCCUGGUUUGAAGAACCAUCCAAACUUUGGGUGGAAAAACCAACAAGAUCAAGGCCAAGAUUAUAGAUGCCACAACCCCAGCAAUAAUGCAGCCUACCAACAUUCCACACAGAGACCAUAUCAAAAUCAAAAUGGCCAAUCUCAACACUCUAACCCCAAUCCACCACCACCAUCUGAAGAUAGGCUCUCCAAAAUUGAGGUUCUGCUUGAAGGAAUAUGUAAGGAAGUUGAAGAUAGUAGAGUGUUCAGGGAAGAAGUGCGGUCCAAUAUGCAAAAUCAAGAUGCAGCCAUCAAUAAGCUUGUGACACAUAUCAGUUACUUAUUCAAGCAAGUCCCCAGCCACAUUGGUAACAAUACUAGUGUAAACUCAAGGGUGGAGUGUCAGGCUAUCAUCCUCAGAAGUGGAAAGGCAUUGAAAGAGACCACCAAGGAACCACAAGAGAAGGACAUGGAUGGAGAGGGGAGAGGGCAAGAAGAAAUUCAAGCUCCUGCUCCUAACUCACAUCAAGAAGAAGAAGUACUGAAGCCAUAUGCCCCAAAAGCCCCAUACCCUCAGCAAUUGAAGAAGAGUGAGGACGACAACCAAUUCUCACGAUUCUUAGAAGUUUUUAAAAGACUACAGAUUAACAUACCCUUCGCUGAAGCAAUAGAGCAAAUGCCGCUCUAUGCUAAGUUUCUGAAGGAAUUGAUGACCAAGAAGAGAAGCUGGAGGAGCAAAGAGACUGUGGUACUAACCGAGGAAUGUAGUCCCAUCAUUCAGCAUAAGUUACCCCAGAAAUUGAAGGACCCUGGGAGCUUCCAAAUCCCUUGUAUCAGAGGGGAAAUCACAGUGGAAAAGGCUUUGUGUGAUUUGGGAGCCAGUAUAAAUCUGAUAUCCUUAACAAUGAUGAGAAGAAUAUGGAUUGAGGAGGCCAAACCAACAAGAAUGGCCCUUCAAUUGGCAGACAUAUCAUUCAAGUUCCCUUAUGGAGUAGUGGAAGACUUGUUGGUGAAUGUGGGAGACUUUAUCUUCCUAGCAGAUUUUGUAGUGUUGGAUAUGGAGGAAGAAGCCAAGGCCUCUAUCAUCUUGGGAUGGCCAUUCUUGGCUACUGCUGGAGCCAUCAUCGAUAUCCAAAAGGGUGAACUUACUCUUAGGUUACAUGAUGCGAAGAUGGUGUUCCACGUAUUCAAAGCUAUGAGCUAUCCACUGGAAUCACUGGGAGAAUGUAUGCGGUUGGAUUUAGUGGAAGCUUUGGUACAAGAGACCUUUGAGGAGGAAGAACUUUAA